UUACGUCAGCAGGCAGAAGUGAGUGCGUGCCUGGCCGCACGCAGUCAGUGCGAUUUAAACUUCAACACCCAUGAAACAGUGGACCACAUCACCCAGGAUUCAAUGCGCUGCGCAUGUGCGGUAGACCAGAAUUCUCAGAACGAACUACAGGUUAACGGCUGGAGAACUACAACCUGCAGGGAACCUGCGCAGUGCGAAUCCGGAGUCCUUUAAAUGAACUGUACGUGCAAAGAUGGCAGCUGAACUGGACUUGCUGAGAGCCAAAGUGGCAGAAGAAAAGGUUAGGGACAGCCUGGAGAGACUUAUUAAAGAAAGGAAGAAGAAGAAGAAAAAGAAGCGGGAGCCGUCUCCAUCCGUGGACAAGCGGGACAAGUGUGAGAAAGAAGCCAAGAAACUGAAGCUCAACCAUCACCACCACCAACAUGCUGAACCCCGGAGCCACCAGCCCCAUCAGCUGCAGCAGAAAACACACAACUUUAAACAUGUCCUGCACAACCACCACGAACACCAACACCACAGCCACGGGCUCAGCAACGGCACGAAGAAGAGCCCGCAGCCGGUUGUGCCGUCCACCGCAGCCCCGCGGAAAGCAGCGCAGCAGCCGCAGAAGAAGCGAGCGCUGGCCGCAGAGCCGCUGCCACCUGCGCUCUUCACUUUCACGCCUCUCACGGUGGUCAAGGCCAAACCUCUGGAUGUCAAGGAAAAGAACCGGGAAAAUGAUGUGAAGCUGAAACCCAGGAAGGAAAACGCCGAGGCGAACGUAAAACACCCGGAGCAGAAGAAAAAGACGGACCCACGACCACUCAACGAGAACAUCAAGUCCCUCGACCUGGAAGACUGUCUCCUGAAGAAAAAAAAGAAAAAGAAGAAUAAGCAUCGUGAGGACGAGCACAGGGCCAAGAAGCUCCACCACCUGCACAACAAAGCAGUUCAGACUGUGUGUGCGCCUCCUGGAGUUGAUCUUUCUCGACCGCUUUGCUCAGAAACGUCUCCGUCGGCGACAGUGAAACAUGACAGUAGUCGCCAACCUAGCAGGAACACCAUGGAAAACCAUGAAUCCUACCUCCAGGCAUUCAAACUGGGACAGGUCCCCUUUCUGUCCCACCAGGACUACUCCAUCCGCAGCUCCUGUCUCCAGACAGGCACCUGGUACGGACGCCUGAUGCAUGAGGAAAAGCAGGCCAAUGGCGGGGGCUCAGUCCUUCACGCCUAUGCUGAUGAGUUAACUUGUCUCACUCCAGCUGAGAUGGAGUGCUUCGCCAAGGAGUUCCUGGAGUUGACAUUUAACGAGAAGCCUUCUGGUGCAGCCUCCUAUGCUUUGGCUGUGGUCCACGGAGCGGCCUCGUACCUGCCCGACUUUCUGGACUACUUUGCCUUCAACUUCCCCAACACACCGGUUAAAAUGGAAAUCAUGGGAAAAAAAGACAUUGAGACAACAACGAUCGCCAACUUUCACUCUCAGGUAAAUCGGACUUACUCUUCAGGAACAUACAGAGCUGGACCCAUGAGGCAGAUCAGCUUGGUGGGAGCUGUGGACGAGGAGGUUGGAGACUAUUUCCCAGAAUUCCUUGACAUGUUGGAGGAGUCACCUUUUCUGAAGAUGACCCUACCGUGGGGAAGCAUGUCCAGUCUGAAGCUGGACUGUCGUUCUCAGAGUGACGAUGGGCCAAUCAUGUGGGUGCGACCAGGAGAACAAAUGGUUCCCACUGCUGACAUGCCCAAGUCUCCUUUCAAACGACGCAGGUCCAUGAACGAAAUAAAGAAUCUACACUACCUGCCCAGAGCCAGUGAGCCCAGGGAGGUUCUGUUUGAGGACCGGACUAAAGCUCACGCUGAUCACGUGGGUCAGAGUUUUGACUGGCAGAGCACAGCAGCUGUCGGCGUACUGAAGGCGGUCCACUUUGGAGAAUGGAACCACCAACCUCGAAUUACCAAAGAUGUCGUAUGUUUUCAAGCUGGCGACUUCAGUGAAGUUGUCCAGAGAUUACAGCUCGACCUGUAUGAGCCCCCGGUGUCACAGUGCGUCCAGUGGGUGGACGACGCCAAGCUCAACCAGCUAAGGAGGGAAGGCGUCCGAUACAUCCGCGUCCAACUCUGUGACGAUGACAUUUACUUCAUCCCGAGGAACGUCAUCCAUCAGUUCAAGACUGUGUCGGCCGUCUGUAGUCUGGCCUGGCACAUUCGCCUCAAAGAGUACCACCCAGACGAGAAGGUCAGGGAUGAUGAGUCACAGCCCAGUGAUCUCAGCCACACGUCAGGACGAGCCUCCCUUUCCUGCACUGCCCGGCCCAGUGCCACAGUCACCCCAUGUGCAAGACCCCAGGGUGACAACAUUCAAGGCGGGGUGGCUAAGACUGAGGAACCAGAGUUCCAGAGGCCAGCGACACCUCCCCUUGAGCCCCAGCCUGCUCCUCCACAGCCCACCAAGUCCACACCCUUGUCUCCAACCUUCUGUGAUCCCUGUUUUUCCUCGGCUCCAGUCCGCUCGGGAUGUACACCAUCCAAAGAGGCUGCACUGCCAAAAGCUUUGGGCCUCACAGCAGUGAUUCCUAAAUGAUGUCACUCUCCACUGUGGUAGGAGUAUGAAGGAAUUUGAAGACUAUAACUGACAGCCGACUGUCAAUCAGGAAGCCUUUCAACGUAAAUAAUUAUCAAGACUUUGACUUUUCUUUUUUUUUUUACAUGUUGCUAAAAUUAAGUGGUAUGUUUUAUUUUCAACUCAACUUUACUGACUAUCAGACUACAACAACUUUCUCUUUCCUUUUUUUCUGUAUCUUUGCACAUAAACCAGGACUGCCUGCCUAGUGUGUAGGUUUGUUUAUGUAGAGCUUUUAUUUUCAAUAGGUUUUUGCGCUAUUUAUAAAAAAAACAUAAAAUAUAAGUAUUUAUUUGCUCAGCUGUUUCUGAGAACUAUUGACUUAUGAAUUGACGUUGCACAAUGUGUUUUCCCCGAUUGUUUUAAUAUUCUUCAAGCACUAUGCCGACAUUAUACUCCCAGUUUUCAUAUCCCUGGACUUGAAGUCGGGCAAACGAGCGCUUCAGUUCCUUUGAAUUAAUGCAACGGCCAGAUUGGAAUAUUUUCAUUAUUGCUCUUUUAUUGUUAAAAGACUUUUUUUAAAUGAAUUUCCUUUAUUUUUGCAACAAGAAAAAAAAAUAAACAUUCAGUUUUGU